AUGGCUAAAAAUUCUCUGUGUUUCUUUGUGUUUGUUAUAGCCUUAGCCAUUGGAAGAAACGUAUGUGAAGCUGAAGAAGAAAUAGGGUUUUAUGAAUUGAAGAAAGGCAAUUUUACAGUAAAGAUCACUAACUAUGGUGCAACUGUUCUAUCUGUUAUAGUUCCUGAUAAGCAUGGUAAAUUGGACGAUAUUGUUCUUGGUUUUCCAUCCAUUGAUGGGUACAAGAAUGAUUCAACCUACUUCGGUGCACUUGUUGGACGUGUUGCUAAUAGAAUUGGAGGGGCUCAAUUCACUCUGAAUGGGAAAAAAUACCAACUGCCUGCUAAUGAUCAUGGAAAUACACUCCAUGGUGGAAGCAAAGGAUUCAGUGAUGUUAUAUGGACUGUAAAUCGUUAUGUAAAAAACAGUCACAUAAUGCUGAGUUAUGACAGCUAUGAUGGUGAACAAGGAUUUCCCGGUCAGGUUUCUGUAUUUGUGACUUACAUGUUCAUUGGAACAGACAAAUUAGCAAUAAACAUGCAAGCCAAGCCUAUAAACAAGGCCACCCCAAUCAAUCUAGCAUCACACGCUUAUUGGAAUCUUGGAGGACACAACAGUGGAGACAUACUUUCGCAUAAAAUCCAGCUUUUCGGCUCCCACGUUACUCCAGUCAAUGGCAAACUCAUUCCAACCGGUGAAAUUUCUGCAGUCAAUGGAACCGCGUAUGAUUUCCUCAAGCCAAGGGAAAUUGGGAGCAAAAUCAAUGAGCUUUCUGGUGGAUAUGAUAUCAACUAUGUUAUCGAUCAGACGGAGGAGGGGAAGCAUUUAUCAAAGGUGGCCGUGGUGCAAGAUAGAAAAUCUGGUAGGAAUUUGGAGUUGUGGUCUAAUCAACCAGGAGUGCAAUUUUAUACAAGUAAUAUGCUGGAUAAUGUAGUAGGCAAAGGAGGAUUUGUUUACAAAAAAUAUGCUGCAUUGUGCUUGGAGACACAAGGCUUUCCAGAUUCAGUAAAUCAUCCGAAUUUUCCUUCUCAGAUUGUGAAUCCAGGAGAGGUUUAUAAGCACAUUAUGGUUUACAGGUUUACUAUUUAG